GUCUCUCCUGACUGCAUUAAGAGCCUCCAGCCUUUGUGAUUCCUUUUGAUCAAAUCUCUGAGAGAGACGCGUGUCGUGCCCUCUUCCAGCCAGCUGUGAGGGACCGGCCCGCACCCGUGGGGGAGGAGUGUGUGUGUGUGUGUGUGUGUGUGUGGGUGUGUGUGAGUGAGAGGGAAAGAGAGGUGUGUAUGUGUGUGAGGGUAAGAGGUGAGUGUGUAUAUGUGUGUGUGACGGGGGAAGAGAGAGAGAGAGAGAUGAGUGUGUGUGUGCUGGACAGAGAGAGAGAGAGAGAGAGAGAGAGAGUUGUGUGUGUGUGUGUGUAGGAGAGAGGGAGGAAGAGAUCUCCUAAGGUGAGAGAGAUACGGCGGGUAGGAGGGUCUCAUUCCUCUCCCCAGCUCCCAGUUCCAGCACACACACUCCUGCUGGACGCUCACACACACACUCACAGGGCCUGAGGACGAGCGCUGCGUUUGCAGACUGCAGGAGAAAGUGUGUGUGUUGUGAGUGAUGGAUCUCUGCUGUAGGAUCUAGAACUUGUACGGACAGGAGCCGCUGGAAUGGCAAACUCAGAGACGCUGGAAACUUCCGUCUGAGCAAGAUGUCUGAGGCUAUUUGCUGCACGGUGGUGAACUGCAACUGUGACAGUUUUAAACCUGGUAAACUAAGGCGGCGACUCUGUGAACACUGUAGGCACGGCUGGGUCGCUCAUGCUCUGAGCAAGCUGAAGGUUCAUCACAUGUACCAGGGAAGCCAGGUGGAGAUCGUUCACUCCAAUGUGGUAUUUGAUAUCUGUAGUCUGAUGCUUUACGGGACGCAGGCGAUUCCAGUGCGUCUGAAGAUCUUGCUGGACCGACUCUUCAGCGUCCUUAAGCAAGAGGAGGUUAUUCAGAUCCUCAAUGCACUGGACUGGACUCUGCAGGACUACAUCCGCGGAUACGUCCUGCAGGACGUGGCCGGUAAGGUGUUGGACCGCUGGGCAAUAAUGACCUUUGAAGAGGAGAUUGUCACGCUUCAGCAGUUCCUCCGAUUCGGGGAGACCAAGUCCAUCGUGGAGCUCAUGGCCCUGCAGGAUAAGGAGGGACAGGCUGUUGUCGUCUCCACCACCAAGACCAAUUCUGACAUCCGCAGCUUUAUCGAGAGCAGCACGCAGCGCUCUGUACGGCUGCCUGCUAAAGCGGACGCUCCCGGCUGCAGUAACGGGCACCAUUUCGAGACGCUGGUCAACAGUAUGGCGCUCAUGUUGCCGCUGCAGCUCAUGAACUCGGUGCCCGCGCCUCUGCUGAGCUGCAGUACCGACUCUGACCACCAGGAGGUGCAAAACAGGCACGAAGCUUCAGAAAUAAGCCUGGACAGUGUUUCGCCAUUCGAGUCUGGCCCCGUGAGAACAGACGUGCUGCUGAACAACGAAUCUCCAAAGAUGGAGUCGGAAGAGUAUAAUGUGAGCGGAAACUCCUCUCCGUCCACGAACUGCACACCCUCCGUCCACUCCGAAAUCACACACCUGUCUCCGGAGAGCAAGAUCCGCUGUGCAGAGAAGAGCGGAUCGCUGAAGAAGGGCCGUGUGUUCUGCAGCGCCUGCGAGAAAACCUUCUAUGAUAAAGGCACGCUGAAGAUCCACUAUAACGCGGUUCACCUGAAAAUCAAACACAAGUGCACCAUCGAGGGCUGCAAUAUGGUGUUCAGCUCCUUACGCAGCCGGAACCGGCACAGCGCCAACCCCAACCCGCGGCUGCACAUGCCAAUGAACCGCAACAAUCGUGACAAAGACCUGCGGGGCGGCCUGAGCCCGGGCCCAGAGGACGGGCAGGAGGACGAGAAGAGAGAGUUCAUUCCCAUCCCGGAGAGCCGCACCGUCUCCAGUUUCAUCAUUCGCAAUUCCGAGCCCAAACUGCACGGCUCGCUGUCCGGCCUGAGCCAGAGUGGCAUCCUCUUUCCCAACCUGAAGACAGUGCAGCCAGUGCUGCCCUUUUACCGCAGCCUGGUGACCCCGGCCGAACUGGCACACACACCGGGCAACCUGCCCUCCCUGCCGUUGCUGUCCUCCUCGGUGCCCGCAGGCUCCAGACACAUGCAGACGGACACGGUGCCCAAGAAGAAAUCUCGCAAGUCCAGCAUGCCAAUCAAAAUCGAGAAAGAUGAGCUGGCAGAGGAGGGCGUGUCCGAAGAAGAGACUCCGCCCCUCAGCCCAUGCACAGAAAACUGUGGCGUCAGCAGGGCAGGCCGUGAGGAUGGCGAGAAUCUUCUCCAGGCCGCUGUGGACACCCAGGAUACUCAGUGGCACAAGCUGACCCAUGAGGACAGUUGCAUCGUCUCACCAUCCUCUCCUUCUAUCUUUCACAUUAAACAGAACAGCGGAAAGGAGGAGUCCUUAAAAUGUGAAGAGCCAGCAUGCAGUUCCCGCCCGGAGCCCUGCAGCCACUGGCCAGCCCAUUUCACACACUGCAGUGAAAACUGUGCAGACGGCGGCAGUGACCCCGAGAGCGUGGGUCUGGAUGAUAAAGAAGAGCUGUCGCACCCGUGUGAGAUCUGCUGUAAGACAUUUAAAAACCCUUACAGUGUGAAAAUGCAUUAUCGCAAUGUGCAUUUAAAGGAGAUGCACAUGUGCACUGUGGACGGCUGCAAUGCUGCGUUUCCAUCCCGCCGCAGCAGAGACCGACACAGUGCAAACCUGAAUCUGCACCACAGGCUGUUGACCAAAGAUCAUUCAGGAACAUCUCUCCGCAGAGAGCCUCCAGAUCUGCUUCACCAAACGCCCCUGGGUCAGACGUCCGGCAUCCUGAAGGGCAGCCAGCGCACGGGUCUGGUGUUCCCCAUGAGUAAAUCCCUGGAGCCAGCAGAGGGUGGUGUGGAAAACGAGGCAGUGUUGGACCUGAGCACCCGUGGGAGCAGCCAGUCGUCCUGGGACUCGGGCAGCGAUGAAGGGCUCCCCCUGGAGGAUAGUGAGGAGAGCUGUGACGGGCCGGCCGCAUCUCCCAGCCUCCAGCAGUCCCACAGCUCCUCCAUCACCUGCCACAUCUGUCAGAAAGUUUACAGCAACAAAGGCACAUUCAGGGCUCACUACAAAACGGUGCACCUCCGCCUGCUCCACAAGUGCAAAAUCCCAGGCUGUGACACCACGUUCUCUUCUGUUCGGAGCCGCAACCGCCACAGUCAGAACCCAAAUCUACACCGUAACCUUGCAGGGAAUAUUUCCCUCAAGCAGGAGUAGGAUUCUCCUAAAUAUACAUAGUCAGCGGUUCACUGUAAUAAUUGGGGCUCAUGAGCACUCUGGUCUUUGUACUGCACAAUCAAGCACAACUGGAAGGACACAAUCAUAUUUAUAACGAACCCUGAUGUUGUUUACCUUUCUAAUGUUAAGAAAUGUUUUUUCAUCUCUGAUGUUAUAUCUACUUGAGAAACUUUACAUAUAUUUAUUGAAUUUUUUAAGAGCAGAAGCGAAAGACAGAUGCCUAAAAUGACUGAAGAAACUACACAGACAAUCAAGAACAUCGAGAAAACAAAAUGACCUUGAGAGAUCCUUAAAUUAAUCAGUGCUGUUAUACAGUAUGCUUAGUCGUGCGUUUUUAAAAAAUCCAAAGCCGCAUAAAAAUCAUGUCUGGUUUUCCUUCUCUGCACUUAUUCACUGAGAUACACGUGUUUCAACAGCAGGAGACUGAGAGAGAGAACUGAUACAGCAUUGUAGAGUGAUAAAGAUGGAGAUGUAGGAAAGAUACAGAUGGAGAUGAAGGAAUGCGAAAGAGAGAGGUAGGAAUGAGUCUCUGAUGUGGGCGAGACUCUCGUUAUCAUGUGUUGCAGUGAAAGUUCUGGCAUAUGUGUGUGUUUGCUUGCUCUUCAGUUUUUUUAAUUGCAAAAAGAAAACAAUCAGUGGUCAAUAGAUUGUGUUGAUGUUCCAAUCAAUAUGCCCUUAAAAGAGGCUGUUGUGCUUAUGAGUAAGUUAUUGUGUUAGUGUAAGUUGUAUGUUUUUGGGUCAAGCACUUGCGGUGUUCAAUGUCUUAUUUAUCUUCAUAUCUGGAUGGAGUCGGUCAUGCCUCCGUCACCUACACACUAAAGGUGAAAAAAAAGGUUUGUCGUGAUAAAACGCAUCUGUUUGGUUUAACGUUUGCAAUCAAAAUACUGAAUCCUGGAGAUAGUAGUGUAAUCUGCCGUAUUGUCUGAAUCAUUUCAAUCAGAUGUUUUUUACAAAAAGGCUAUUUCUUAUUAAAUUGAUUUGCAUCUGCCGCUGUCGUGCUUGGCCCCUGAAUCGCUGCUUAUAUUACUAUUGUUGAUCUUGUUGUGGAGACCAAAGAUUCUUGAUUCAGGAUGUGUGCAAAUCAGCAGAAGAAUCAGACGACACAUGGACAAAUCAGAGUCGUCUGACAAUGCUUUCACACAGGUUGCUCUAAAGACGAUUGAGUUUUGUAAUGUGUGCUUUAUCAUGUGCAUGGGGUUUGAGUAAAACAGUGAAGGCUUAGACUGAGGUCAGCAAAUGAAGACUGAUGCUCUUAAAGCACAAACCUGUGGACAUGUAUUCCUUUAUCUUUGCUUUACCUGCAAAAUCUUUUGUACUCUUCCCCUACACCACAAGUGUAUGCUGAAAUGUGAUGAGCAGGGUUAUCAGGAUUAUAAAACUAGUCUAACCCUAACCCACAAUCAUUUAUUUGUCUUCAGUGAAAUCAUUUUCCACUGUUAAUAAACUAUUUAAAAAUACCACUGAA